UUGAUCAUCGCAGUGUUCCCUAUCCGCCGAAUUGAAGGAAGGAAGGAAGGAAGGAAGAAUCAUCCAAAAUCUCGUCCCAGAUGAUCAUCAUCAUAUGCAUCUUCCUCGCUCUCCUCGUUGCCCCCAUCUCCUCCUCUUCACAAGUUUCCAUCUCAAUUUCCCAUGACACGCUCCAAAAAUCCGGGGAUCCAGUCACGAUCAAUUGGUCCGGCGUCGAUUCCCCGUCCAAUCUCGACUGGCUCGGCAUCUAUUCCCCGCCCGAUUCUCCGUCCAACCACUUCAUCGGCUACGUCUUCCUCUCUACCUCCCCCACAUGGCAAUCCGGAUCGGGAUCCCUCAACAUUUCCCUCGUCAAUCUUCGCUCCAACUACAAGUUCCGGAUCUAUCGGUGGACCCAAUCGGAGGUGAACCCCGAUCAUCAGGACCAUGACCAUAAUCCCAUCCCUGGCACGAAACACCUCUUAGCUGAGUCAUCCGAGUUAGGGUUCGAAAAGGGUCGGGGGCCCGAGCAAAUUCAUAUCGCGCUCACCGACAAGGAUGACGAGAUGCGGGUGAUGUUCGUUACGGCCGAUGGAAAAGAUAACAUUGUGAAAUUCGGGUUGGACAGCGAUCGUUUGGAACAGGAAGUGGGCACGACGGUAACCCGUUAUGAGAGGGAGGAUAUGUGCGAUGCCCCUGCAAAUCAUAGCAUUGGGUGGAGAGAUCCAGGUUACAUUCAUGAUGGUGUCAUCACAAAUUUACAAAAGGGAAAGAAAUAUUAUUACAAGGUGGGAAGUGAAGGAGAAGGUGGUUGGAGCACAACUUACUCCUUCCUAACGCAGAAUGAAGAAUCAAACAUAACGGUAGGUUUCCUAUUUGGAGAUAUGGGAACUGCAACAUCAUACAAUACCUUUAUCCGUACACAAGAUGAAAGCAUAUCGACCAUAAAAUGGAUCACCCGCGAUUUGGAGGCCCUAGGCGAUGUAGCCGCCAUGAUUUCUCACGUUGGGGAUAUCAGCUACGCAAGAGGCUACUCAUGGAUAUGGGAUCACUUCUUCACGCAAAUCCAACCAAUCGCAGCUAAAGUUCCAUACCAUGUCUGCAUUGGCAAUCACGAAUACGACUGGCCAUCACAACCAUGGAGGCCUACUUGGGCCAACUCCAUUUAUGGAAAAGAUGGUGGAGGUGAAUGUGGGGUACCCUACAGUCUCCGGUUCAACAUGCCCGGAAACUCAUCGGAGCCAACAGGGACACGCGCCCCAGCAACCCGCAAUCUAUAUUACUCUUUUAACAUGGGUGUGGUUCAUUUCGUGUAUUUAUCAACAGAAACAAACUUCCUACCCGAAAGCAACCAAUAUAAAUUCAUCAAACAGGAUUUGGAGUCAGUUGAUAGGAACAAAACGCCUUUCGUGGUUGUACAGGGGCACAGGCCGAUGUACACCACUAGCAACGAGAACCGGGAUGGUCCUUUUAGGGACAGAAUGUUGGAACAUCUGGAACCGCUGUUUGUUGAGAAUAAGGUUACGGUUGCUCUAUGGGGUCAUGUUCAUAGAUACGAAAGGUUUUGCCCGAUUAACAACUACACUUGCGGUUCGGAAGAGUUACCCGUUCAUGUUGUGAUUGGGAUGGCCGGGCAGGACUGGCAACCUAUAUGGCAGCCUAGACGUGACCAUCCCAAUGACCCUAUUUUCCCACAGCCGAGCAGGUCGCUUUACAGGACGGGGGAAUUCGGUUACACUAGAUUGGUUGCCACGAGAGAGAAGAUGAAACUUUCAUAUGUUGGAAAUCACGAUGGGGAGGUUCAUGACAUGGUCGAGUUUAUGGCAAGCGGCGUUACGAAUGAUCGACACGAUGAUGGUGACAUGGAGGUGGUUAAGAGGGUGGAGCAUGGAAGAAGUAUUGGUGUUGACAAGAAGAUGGAAUUGGAUUCGGGGUUUGGCGGAUACACCAAGGGAGUUAUUGUUCUCAUUGUUGGGGCGUUUGGUGGUUAUGUCCUCGGUUAUAUUUCACAUGCUAGGAGACGCGGUUCAGCAGAGAAGGGUUGGAGUCCUGUGAAGGCAGAUGAAAUCUAAACCAUAAAACCUAAUUAAGUUGUCCUAAGCAUAGUUUCUAUUUUCUAGAAAACAGUUUUCCAACUUCCAAGCAUGGUUGAUGUGUUACCACCGGUCGUUUUAUGUUUCAUUCACACGCAAUCAAUCUCUGUAAAUAUGCAUUUCAUUUUGUGGGUCUUAUAGAAUCUUAU